UUCCGUGCGCGUGCGCAUUGCUUCUGCUGGUCCAUUGCUGCUAUUGCGUUGCAAAAAAAAAAAAAAAAAAAAAAAAGAAAAGAAAAAAAAAAAGAAAAAUUUCUGCCUAGGUAGCUUUGGGCCUUUCCUGUGGUAGAAAAUCUAAAGGCAAAGCUCUCUGCAGCCGAAGGGACGGCGGAGUAGCGUUACGUCUUCGGUACCAAGGCCGCUCUGGGCUCACCGGAAUUUGGCCAACGGGAUGAGGGAAGGGCCUUAAGAGUUGAGGAGCGUAGAGGCUAAAAGCCUUAGUUGUCGGCGCCGGGCGUUUGGCAAAGCGUCGCAGGUUCUGUCUCCUCCGUAGUCGUCUCUCGACUCCCGGUUUAAACACCACCCCCGAGCCAUACUGACAGUCCUCCGCGGCCGCGGCCCCUCCUCGCAGCGUGUGGGAGCCGCCAGCGCGGCCAGCAGCUAGCCCUCCUGCCGCCAGAGGAGCCUAGCGCGUGCAGCGUCCCCACCCCCUGGCCGCCCUCCCCUCCUGCUGCUUUCACGCACUCGCACUGAUUGUUUUGCCCGCUCCCGCCGCCGCCGCCGCCGCCGCCAGAGGACCAGCGGCGCUUGUGCAAACCGGGGAAGAUGGCGGCCGGCGGCGGCGGAGGCAGCAGUAAGGCCUCCUCCUCGUCGGCCUCGUCCGCAGGGGCCCUGGAGUCCUCGUUGGAUCGAAAAUUCCAGUCGGUGACCAACACCAUGGAAUCCAUUCAAGGCUUGUCGUCCUGGUGUAUAGAAAACAAGAAACACCACAGUACAAUCGUCUACCAUUGGAUGAAGUGGCUCCGGAGAUCUACAUAUCCCCACCGUUUGAAUCUCUUUUAUCUUGCCAAUGAUGUCAUACAGAAUUGUAAACGGAAAAAUGCAAUCAUAUUUCGUGAAUCAUUUGCUGAUGUGCUUCCUGAAGCAGCUGCUCUAGUGAAGGAUCCAUCUGUCUCUAAGUCUAUAGAACGAAUCUUUAAAAUCUGGGAAGAUCGAAAUGUGUACCCAGAAGACAUGAUUGUGGCUUUGAGAGAAGCUUUAAGUACCACUUUCAAAACUCAGAAGCAGCUGAAAGAAAAUCUGAACAAACAACCGAAUAAGCAGUGGAAGAAAUCACAAACAUCCACGAAUCCAAAAGCUGCUCUCAAAUCUAAGAUUGUUGCUGAGUUUCGAUCUCAGGCCCUCAUUGAAGAAUUGUUGAUGUACAAACGAUCAGAAGAUCAGAUAGAACUGAAGGAGAAACAGUUGUCAACCAUGAGAGUGGAUGUCUGCAGCACAGAAACUCUCAAGUGUUUAAAAGAUAAAACAGGUGGAAAGAAGUUCUCCAAAGAAUUUGAAGAAGCAAGUUCCAAGCUAGAGGAGUUUGUGAAUGGAUUAGAUAAACAGGUGAAAAAUGGGCCCUCACUAACAGAAGCAUUAGAGAACGCUGGAAUUUUCUAUGAAGCACAGUACAAGGAAGUGAAAGUGGUCGCUAACGCUUACAAAACCUUCGCUAACCGAGUAAACAACUUAAAGAAGAAGUUGGAUCAAUUGAAGUCAACCCUUCCUGAUCCUGAGGAAUCACCAGUCCCCUCUCCAAGUAUGGAUGCUCCUUCCCCAACUGGUUCUGAGUCUCCAUUCCAGGGCAUGGGAGGUGAAGAAUCCCAGUCACCAGCCAUGGAGAGUGACAAAUCUGCCACACCCGAGCCUGUAACAGAUAACCGUGAUGUGGAAGACAUGGAACUCUCAGAUGUGGAAGAUGAUGGAUCAAAAAUCAUUGUGGAGGACCGGAAAGAAAAACCUGUGGAGAAACCUGCUGUCUCCACUGGUGUGCCCACCAAGUCAACAGAAAGUGUCUCGAAAGCCUCACCGUGUGCCCCACCGUCUGUGCCCACGACAGCAGCUCCACCUCUCCCAAAGCCUCUGAACACUUCACUUCUGUCCCCUUCCCCAACUUUGGUUUUGCCAAACCUGGCAAAUGUGGAUCUGGCAAAGAUCAGUUCCAUCCUUAGCAGCCUAACAUCAGUCAUGAAAAACACGGGGGUCAGUUCUGCAUCAAGACCUUCUCCAGGAACUCCUACCAGUCCCAGCAACCUCAGCAGUGGCCUGAAAACACCUGCACCUGCCACAACACCAUCUCACAACCCUCUGGCAAAUAUCCUGUCAAAGGUGGAGAUCACCCCAGAGAGCAUUCUCUCUGCUCUUUCUAAAACCCAGACACAGUCAGCCCCUGCACUCCAAGGCUUGUCAUCAUUACUUCAGAGUGUUACUGCGAACCCUGUGCCAGCCAGUGAAGCCACUUCCCAAAGCACCACAGCCUCCCCUGCGAGCACCACAGGCUCUGCCGUAAAGGGGAGAAAUCUACUCUCCAGUACCCAGUCUUUUAUUUCCAAAAGCUUCAACUAUUCUCCUAGUUCUUCAACUUCUGAAGUCUCUUCGACUUCAGCAAGCAAGGCGUCAGUUGGGCAGAGCCCGGUGCUCCCAAGCACUACGUUUAAACUACCAUCCAGUUCUUUGGGAUUUACAGGUACCCACAAUCCUAGCCCUGCUGCCCCACCUACUGAAGUUACCAUGUGCCAAUCCUCAGAGGUCUCCAAGCCAAAGCCAGAAUCAGAGUCCACCUCUCCAAGCCUGGAAAUGAAGAUCCACAACUUCUUGAAAGGUAAUCCUGGUUUCAGUGGCUUAAACUUAAACAUCCCGAUCCUAAGCAGCUUGGGAUCCAGUGCCCCAUCAGAGGGCCAUGCCUCAGAUUUCCAGCGUGGUCCUACUAGCACUUCAGUUGACAGCAUCGAUGGAACUCCUGUUCGGGAUGAGCGGAGUGGGACACCCACCCAGGAUGAGAUGAUGGAUAAGCCCACAUCCAGCAGCGUAGACACCAUGUCCCUGCUGUCUAAGAUCAUCAGCCCUGGUUCCUCAACACCCAGCAGUACAAGGUCGCCACCUCCUGGAAGAGAUGAAAGCUACCCCCAAGAGCUCCCCAAUUCUGUGUCUACAUAUCGACCGUUUGGCAUGGGCAGUGACUCUCCCUACAAGCAGCCUUCUGGUGGAGUUGAGAGGCCAUCAUCACUGAUGGACUCUUCACAGGAGAAGCUCUUCCCAGAUACUUCCUUCCAGGAAGACGAGGACUACCGAGAUUUUGAGUAUUCAGGGCCGCCUCCAUCUGCCAUGAUGAAUCUAGAGAAGAAACCAGCCAAAUCCAUCCUGAAGUCAAGCAAGCUUUCUGAUGCCACUGAGUACCAGCCAAUCCUGUCUAGUUACAACCACAGGGCCCAAGAGUUUGGGGUCAAGUCUGCCUUCCCUCCAUCUGUAAGGGCCCUCCUGGACUCUAGUGAGAACUGUGACCGUCUCUCAUCUCCCCCUGGGCUAUUUGGUACCUUCAACGUAAGAGGGAACGAACCUGGGUCUGAGCGGUCACCAUCACCAAGUAAAAAUGAUGCAUUUUUCACCCCUGACUCCAACCACAGUGGCUUGUCUCAGUCUACUGCUGGGCAUCUCACGUUGCCACAGACACAGUACCCAGACUCUCCACACUCAGCCCCACACCGUUCCAUUUUCUCUUCACAGAGUACCCUUGCCGCUCCAGCGGGCCACCCACCCACAUCAGGUGUGGAAAAAGUCCUGGCCUCCACAAUUUCCACCACAUCGACGAUUGAGUUUAAGAAUAUGCUUAAAAACGCCUCACGUAAGCCCUCAGAUGAUAAGCAUUUUGGCCAGACACCCAACAAGGGUACUUCAAGUGAUGGUGUCGGUCUGUCAAACCUCACCCAGCCCAGCUUGCCCACCACUGACCAACAACAGGAAGAACACUAUCGAAUAGAAACUCGUGUUUCCUCCUCCUGUUUAGACUUGCCUGACAGCACAGAAGAAAAGGGGGCCCCUAUAGAAACUCUAGGUUAUCAUAACGCAGCUAAUAGGAGGAUGUCAGGGGAGCCGAUACAGACUGUAGAGUCUAUACGAGUUCCUGGGAAGGGAAAUAGAGGACAUGGGCGCGAGGUUUCAAGAGUGGGUUGGUUUGAUCUGAGCACACCAGGCAGCUCUUUUGACAAUGGUCCCUCAAGUGCCUCUGAGUUGGCAUCCCUUGGGGGUGGGGGCAGCGGAGGCCUCACUGGCUUUAAGACAACGCCGUACAAGGAACGGGCACCCCAGUUUCAGGAGAGUGUCACCAGCUUUCGUUCCAACAGUUUCAACUCAACAUUUGAGCAUCAUCUCCCCCCAUCCCCUUUGGAACAUGGGGCACCCUUCCAGAGAGAGCCAGUGGGGCCGUCAUCUGCCCCACCUGCCCCUCCUAAGGAUCAUGGUGGUAUCUUCUCUCGAGAGGCACCCACUCAUCUGCCCUCUGUGGAUCUUUCGAACCCCUUUACAAAGGAGGCAUCUCUGGCCCACACUGGCCCACCACCUCCUCCAGGAGAGCACAGCGGAGUCCCUUUCCCUCCACCUCCCCCUCCUCCACCCCCGGGGGAACUUAGCAGUGGAGGGACUGGUGUCCCCUUUGCUACUCCAGCCCCGCCUCCACCCCCUGUUGACCACUCUGGGGUUGUACCUUUCCCAACUCCACCACUGCCAGAGCAUGGAGUGACUGGGGCUGUGGCAGUUUUUCCCAAGGACCAUAGUUCCCUCCUUCAAGGGACCAUGGCUGAGCAUUUUGGGGUGCUCACAGGACCCAGGGACCUCAAUGGCCCUGGUCUUAGCCGUGCACGAGAGAGCCUGAGCCUGCCUUCCCAUCCUCUGGAGCACCUGGGCCCAGCCCUUGGAGGAGGUGGGGGAGGCAACACCAGCAGCAGUGGCCUUCCCUUGAGUCCCGCACACAGAGACGCCAUCGGCCGGAGUGGUAUGAUUUUACGGAGUCCCCGGCCAGACUUUCGGCCUAGGGAAGCUUUUCUCGGCAGAGACCCAUUCCACAGUUUAAAGAGACCCAGGCCACCUUUUGUUAGAGGCCCUCCGUUCUUUGCACCAAAACGCCCAUUCUUCCCUCCCAGGUACUGAUGGAAAUCUGGGGAAGGCAUUUUGAACAGUCUAGAGAGCAUUGGAAGUAGCAGUUUGGGUUUUUGUUUAAAUUUGUUUUUCCUUUCUUGAUUUUUUUUUUUUUUUUGCUUUGUUUUGUUUUGUUUUUUGUUUUUUUAAAUGAAGGGCCUUCCUUCCAAAUUCAGAAAGCAUAUAUGGUAACAGUUUGCUAUUAUCCAGUCCUCUCUCCACACUUAGGGCCUUUCUAAGUUGUUUGUAUUUUUUCUUUAAAAAAAACAAAACACACACACAAGUAAACAUAACCAAAGCUACAUUAUUUGGCUGGGGGAGUGGGGAGGAUAACAGUAUUUAUCCCAUCUAUUGAGAGAUUACUUACAUCGAAAUAAAACUUGGGUCAGUCCAGGUAA